AUGGCAUACCCAGCCUUCCGGACAACCUUCCACACCCCGUCGCCGUCCGAGGCACGGGCAGAGGCCGCCAAGGCCACGGUGGGCACCGGCCGCUACCGGCCGCCGCGGGCCGACGUGUGCCGGCCGGAGCUUCCGGGGCCCAACUCGCCGCUGGCACGUGGGCAUCCGGUGCUGUCGUAUGCGCAGGCCAUGUACGAGGAUGAGGCCCGGGCGGCGUUGGCCAAGGUUGUUUCGCCCAAGCCGUGGAUCGCUGCAUCACACUCGCCGGACGCUGCAGAGCUGGCGGCCAAGGCGGCCAAAGCUGCCGGCCCGCUCCGCGGCCGAUACCGCCCGCCGCGGGCCGACGUCUGUCGCCCUGAUCUACCCGGGCCCAACUCGCCACUAGCUCGCGGACAUCCGGUGCUGUCGUAUGCGCAGGAGAUGUAUGAGGACGAGGCCCGGGCGUCGCUGGACAAGCUGCUGGCGGUCCACGGGCCGAACUCUCCGACCUCGGGCUACACGCCGACGUUUGCGCCGACGGUGGCGCCACCAGAGCUUGCAGCAUCGGUGAGGGCGUCGGCGCAGCAGGCGUCGUUCUUUGCGCAGCAGCCGCGGCUGGCGGCACUCCCGGCAUCGCCGCCAUCGCACCAGGCUGCACCGUCGCCAUCUUCACCGCCAGCACCCGGCUCGGCACAAGAGCUUCAGCUUUGGCGCAGCUUUCGCGACCGCGGCAGCGCGGCGUCCUGA